AGCGCCCCCGCUGCACGAGCAGCCCGGAGCCGCCGCGCCCUCUGCAGCCGGGGGUUCGGAGCUGCUGAGCCGGGAGGCCCGGAGUGGGAGCCGGAGCCGCCGGCGCCGUGGAGAUACAUAGUCUGCUUUCACCAUGGGAGAAAUAGAGCAGAGGCCAAGUCCAGGAUCGCGACUGGGGGCCCCGGAGAAUUCGGGGAUCAGCACCUUGGAACAUGGACAGAAGCCGCCCCCAACACCUUCUGGGAAGCUCAUGUCCAUCAAAAUCCAGAUGCUGGAUGACACGCAGGAGGCGUUUGAAGUUCCACAAAGAGCCCCAGGGAAAGUGCUGCUGGACGCAGUCUGCAACCACCUCAACCUCGUGGAAGGGGACUAUUUUGGCCUUGAGUUUCCCGACCACAAAAAGAUCACGGUGUGGCUGGAUCUCUUAAAACCUAUUGUCAAGCAGAUUAGACGGCCAAAGCAUGUUGUUGUUAAGUUUGUGGUGAAAUUCUUUCCACCUGACCACACACAACUCCAAGAAGAACUCACAAGGUACUUGUUCGCUCUGCAGGUGAAGCAGGACCUGGCUCAGGGCAGGCUGACCUGCAAUGACACCAGCGCGGCUCUCCUCAUCUCACACAUCGUACAGUCCGAGAUUGGGGAUUUUGAUGAAGCAUCAGACAGAGAGCAUUUAGCAAAAAACAAGUACAUACCUCAGCAAGAUGCACUAGAAGACAAAAUCGUGGAGUUUCACCACAAUCACAUUGGACAAACACCAGCAGAAUCAGAUUUCCAACUCCUGGAGAUUGCCCGUAGGCUGGAGAUGUAUGGGAUCCGGUUGCACCCAGCUAAGGACAGGGAAGGCACUAAGAUCAACCUGGCUGUUGCCAACACGGGAAUUCUUGUGUUUCAGGGUUUCACUAAGAUCAACGCCUUCAACUGGGCGAAGGUGCGGAAGCUGAGCUUCAAGAGGAAGCGCUUUCUCAUCAAGCUCCGCCCUGAUGCCAAUAGCUCGUACCAGGAUACCUUGGAAUUUCUCAUGGCCAGUCGGGAUUUUUGCAAGUCCUUCUGGAAAAUCUGUGUUGAACAUCAUGCCUUUUUUAGACUUUUUGAAGAGCCCAAACCAAAGCCAAAGCCCGUUCUCUUUAGUCGAGGGUCAUCAUUUCGGUUCAGUGGUCGGACUCAGAAGCAGGUUCUUGACUACGUGAAAGAAGGGGGACAUAAGAAAGUGCAGUUUGAAAGGAAGCAUAGCAAGAUUCAGUCCAUCAGAAGCCUGGCUACCCAGCCUACAGAGCUGAAUUCAGAAGUGCCAAAACAAGCGCAGCAGAGUGCCGGCCUUCCCGCAGGAGAAGGCCCGGAGCCCGCCGGCGGCCAGGGCGGCCAAGGUGGCCGGCAGGGAGAGGAGCCCGGCGUCUCGGCCGAAGAGCCGCGCCAGAGCCCCGCGCUGCCCCAGAGCCCCGCGGGCGGCGGGAAGGCGGACGGAGCCGCGCGGGCACCGGCCGACGAAGAGGAGGAGGCCGUUCAGGAUAGGACCCAGCAGAGUAAAGCUCAGCCCCCGCAGCCGAGCACAGGCUCCCUGACUGGUAGCCCUCACCUUUCAGAGCUGUCCAUCAACUCCCAGGGAGGAGCUGUGCCCGCCAGCGUGAUCUUGUCUCCCAACCUGAGCCCUGACACCAAGCAGGCCUCCCCCUUGGUCAGCCCGCUGCUGAAUGACCAGGUGUGCCCACGCACCGACGACGAGGAGGAAGGCCGGAGAAAGAGAUUCCCAACGGACAAGGCGUACUUCAUUGCUAAGGAAGUAUCCACCACCGAAAGAACAUAUCUGAAGGAUCUUGAGGUCAUCACUUCGUGGUUUCAGAGCACGGUGAGCAAAGAGGACGCCAUGCCCGAAGCCUUGAAAAGUCUCAUAUUCCCGAAUUUUGAACCUUUGCACAAAUUUCAUACAAGUUUUCUCAAGGAAACUGAACAACGACUAGCCCUGUGGGAAGGCCGCUCAAAUGCCCACAUCAGAGGAGAUUACCAAAGAAUCGGAGAUGUCCUGCUGAAGAACAUUCAGGGCAUGAAGCAACUGGCGGCUCACCUGUGGAAGCACAGCGAAGCUCUGGAGGCGCUGGAGACGGGCAUCAGGGGCUCGCGGCGGCUGGAGAACUUGUGCCGAGACUUCGAGCUGCAGAAGGUGUGCUACCUGCCGCUCAACACCUUCCUCCUGCGCCCGCUGCACCGGCUCAUGCACUACAAGCAGGUCCUGGAGCGGCUGUGCAAGCACCACCCGCCCCACCACGCCGACUUCCGGGACUGCCGGGCUGCUUUGGCGGAGAUUACUGAGAUGGUGGCACAGCUUCACGGUACGAUGAUCAAGAUGGAGAAUUUCCAGAAGCUGCACGAACUGAAGAAAGACUUGAUUGGCAUCGACAAUCUCGUGAUUCCAGGAAGGGAAUUCAUUCGCCUGGGCAGCCUCAGCAAGCUCUCUGGCAAGGGGCUCCAGCAGCGCAUGUUUUUCCUGUUCAACGACGUCUUGCUGUACACGAGCAGGGGGCUGACGGCCUCGAAUCAGUUUAAAGUCCAUGGACAGCUCCCGCUGUACGGCAUGACCAUCGAGGAAAGCGAGGACGAGUGGGGUGUACCCCACUGCCUUACCCUCCGCGGCCGGCGGCAGUCCAUCGUCGUGGCGGCCAGCUGCAGGUCCGAGAUGGAAAAGUGGGUUGAGGAUAUCCAAAUGGCCAUUGAUUUGGCAGAGAAAAGCAGUGGCCCCACUCCCGAAUUCCUCGCCAGCAGCCCCCCUGACAACAAGUCCCCAGACGAGGCCACGGGGGCGGACCAGGAGUCGGAGGACGACCUGAGCGCCUCGCGCACAUCGCUGGAGCGCCAGGCCCCCCACCGCGGCAACACCAUGGUGCACGUGUGCUGGCACCGCAACACCAGCGUCUCCAUGGUGGACUUCAGCAUCGCCGUGGAGAAUCAGCUGUCCGGGACUCUGCUGAGGAAAUUCAAGAACAGCAGUGGGUGGCAGAAGCUGUGGGUGGUGUUCACGAACUUCUGCCUGUUCUUCUACAAGUCUCCCCAGGACACUCACCCCCUGGCCAGCCUCCCUCUGCUCGGCUACUCACUCACCAUUCCCUCAGAGUCUGAGGACAUCCACAAGGACUACGUGUUCAAGCUGCAUUUCAAGUCCCACGUGUACUACUUCAGGGCUGAAAGUGAAUAUACAUUUGAAAGGUGGAUGGAGGUGAUCCGCAGUGCGACCAGCUCCGCCUCCCGCGCCCACAUCCCGAGUCACAGAGAGUCUCACGUCUACUGAGGGCAGGACACGAGUGUCGCGGGGCUCGGCUGUGGCCGUGUCCCUGGGAGACCCUGCCUGUGCCCUGUAUUAAUGAAGCCUAGUAAAAUUAACACCCGUCUGGAAACCCAAAACGUGGUUUUACAGCAGCUCUCCUCGGUCCCCACAAAACCCCUUUUACCCUUGUCUUUCUGAGCAGAACAGUGCUCCCAGCUCCCACGCUGGGCGCUCUGCGUCCGUCAUUCCCUGGUGGGCUGUUUCCAGCCUAUGCCAGUAUUAAAACCUUGUCA